ACCUUCCACGUUCUCUCUUCACUGCAUUGAUGGUCGUGGUCGUGCCUCCUUCAACUGCCAACAACAAAUACAUUCCAACCACGAUCUUCCUCUAAUUUCCUCCAGGAGAAUUAUAUAUUUCAUCAUCCAGUUGCGUCUAGAACUUGUAAUUAUUUUUGAUUCUUUGCUUCUUAAAGUUUCUCAAUUCGUUUCUUCAACUUCGCUAUUCAGUGGAUGUUACAGUGGAAAACUCAUAACUAUCAAUAGUUUGAGAAAGGGUCGUAGUGGGACACGUGCUAGGAUCAUGCUCAUGCAAUUCGUAUAUAGAAAACAAAAUCAACAAAACAAGUUUUGGUGCACUUAUUUCCUCAAAGAAAAUCUUCAUACUUGACAAUCCUUCACAAUCACCUCUUCUAAGGGCCGGAAUUCAAACUUGCAUUUCAUUGAGGAAAAGCUUGCAAGUGCAGGCAGAUCACGGAGUUGCAAAUACUUGAGUUCAGUAAAGGUCUUUCUUCACUACUAAGUCUUUUGCAUUGGAAUAUUUCAUCGAAGGUAGCUUCGCUCACGACAGGCUUCUCAAGAUUGGGAAGUGACUGGAAGAAGAAAGGAGGAGGAGCUAAUUGCUCUUGAAUGCGGGUGAGAAUGGGAUGGUAGAAAAGGCACAAAAGCGUUAUAAAAGGCUGAAGCACUCAAGAAGCUCUUUGCCAAACAGGAGCCUGUUCUGGAUUCCUCAAAGUAUACUGCUGCUGAUGUUCGCAUUACUGAUUAGAAGCUAUGUGUUUGUCAUAUUUGUGGAGCAUUUUUGAGUGUUUAUGACAGCAGGCUUUUGGGCCCAGUUUUACGAGAAUAACUUUUGCAGCUACAUAAUUACCAGCGUUUAGCAUAUCAUUUUGGAGGCAAACUUCAUUUAGGCUAUAUGCAAAUCCAUGAUAAAUUAGCAGAACUUCAGGUAAGAUGAUUUACAUGCUUAGUAUAUGCUGACUGUCUAUGGUGGCUCUGCUUUAAGUGUUACAUUAGGCUAGGGAUAGUGCCUGGCAUCCAAGGUGUUGGUUGUAUAAAUUGCCUGAACAAUCUACUUACUAGGUGCUGGUAUAAUGCUUCUUAUUCUUCUAUAGAGAUUCUCAGUUAACAUCAUCUGUGAGUUUUUCUGACCUCAGAGAAGAAUAAGAUCUCCCUUUUUUCAAUUUCUUUUGAUUGUUUGUAGAUGCUGGACUUUAAAACAUAGUAUUUUCUACCUUGUCUGUGCAUAUUGGGCUUAAAAUGUAUCAAAUAUGAAGUGCUCAACCAAUUUUGAUAGAUUAGUUUUUUCUGGUGAAAGAAUGAAAGAAAAAGGAAACAUGAAAUCAAAUAGGAGAGAAGUACAAGAACCGAGUUUGUUGUAGGUAAUGUGAGAAAAAAAAUGAGCUUUUCAUAUGUUUAAAAUCUGUGACAAUAAAUCUGAUGAAGGCCUAGUUUGGUCAGGGUAAGUUGCCUACCAAUUAUGCCUACCACCAUUAGAAUUCUUUCCUAAUGGUUCUUAUGGCAUGUUAUAUUUAGCUAAAUUGAAGUGGCAUUUAGCUUUUUGAAAGAAGCAUUCAGUAGUAUUUGAUGAUUAUUGUUUUCUUAGUAAGAGAGAAGCAAGAGCCAUAAACUUGAUCGGUAUGAUGACAGGAGAUCAAAAGAAAGAAGCAGAGAUCAUGAGAGAGAAUCAAGUUGGGACUGAGACCAAGGGAAUAGCCGUGACCGAGGGAGGGAUUAUGAUCAUAGGAGCAGAGAUCGUGAGAGGUAUAGUGAUUGAAGUCGUGCUAGGAAUUAAGAGUGCUCUCGGACUUAUGAUUCUAGAAGUAACCACAGGUCACAUUCAAGGUCUAGGGAGCGCUCCAGGGAUCAUGAUCGCCACAGGUACUUGUUUAAUGAUAUCCCAUGCUUGUUUAACAAUAUAUUAUUAGUUUUGUAUUGUGAUCAUUUUUUAACUUAUUAAAUUGGUAAUACAAUGUAAUAUUUGUU